AGGUAGCACAGCAGCGUUUCACAAUCGCAUCUCUCAUUCUCUCUGCAUCUCUGGCGCGGCGCGGCCUGUCCUUGCGUCUCUCCCACUCCCGGUGACCGGCGUUUCUUCCCACCAGAGACCGGCGCUGCCCCCCGUGCUCUGUGCUCAGCCUCUAAACAUCCUAGCCGCAGCCGCCUCCCAACACCGGCCACACCAACCCGCACAUCCGGACGCCGGCCACACCAGCACGGCGACACGCCGUUGACUCCGGCAGCCUGAAGUUAAUUUUUUUUUUCUCCAGUUCCUGACUUCCAGCACGUCAUUUAAGUGUUCCAGAGUUUGGGGACACAGCAGCGAUUGAGCCCUAAUUCCCUUUGCCCGUUGUCUGCAUCUUCAGUUCCAGAGUUUGGGGACACAGCAGCGAUUCAAGAAAAGGUAUUUAUGAAAGAUGAUUUCACCUUACAUUUCUUUUUCAUGGUGAAGAUAUUGAAUGAAUUUUGUUGAUGUGAUUACUGAAAUUCAUGUUGAUGCGUAAAAUUGCUGAAAUCACGUCUGAAUUUUGGAAUUGUUUCCGAAAUCACGUUUACUUAAAUAUGCCUGCAUCUCCCGAUUCCUACAUUCUCUUUCGCCGACGAGGCGCGCAUACACAAAAAUCUUUAAGAGGCGCAGCGCACAUAUUGGUGUGCUUCAGCGUCGCUUUGCCUUGAGGCGGCGUCCGCCUCCAGCAAAUUUCACAACAUUGCUUACAGGUUAAAGGUACAAGGUUAUAACAUGAAGAAAUUGAUAAGAAUAUUUAAACACGUGCAAACUGAUUUACUGGUUAUUGUGUUCGAGGUCUGAAGUUGAACAAGCUCCAGUGAUGUUUACUUGCAUCCCAGCACGUGAUGUGAUAAUUAGUUAUAUGAGAUUGAUUAUGUAUGAAUCAGAGGAUUGAAAAAGUAGUAUUUUUUCUGGACCUUGUAAUUGCAUUUUCGGAUUGAGCUCCCUUCUAUUUAAAAAUUUAAGGUGGUGCAUGUUUGAUCCAAUUCGUAGAUGAUAGUUGAGUUAGUUUUUGGUUUAUAUAGAUGGCUCCCACUUUAUUAACACGUAUUUCUUGCAUAAUUUUUCUUCAGUUCGAUGCCUACACAGUAGUGAUCAUGCUUGUGCUUUGGGUACAAAGAAUGCCCUGAAUGAUCCUGCGAUCCUUUAGUUUUUAUGUCUUAUGGUGAACUACAGUGUGCUUGUAGGAUGGUAGUGUGAAUACACUGUGAUCUUGUUUUUCUUUGACUCUUUUGGUGUUCUGUAUAGUUUUUGUUAGCAUGUUCAGACUAGCGUUCCGCAAGUUAUGUGCUCGUGUAGAUGGAGGAUGUGAAAUCAGGCCUUUAUCACAGUUUCGCAGUUUUCACUCUGCUCAGCCUUCUUUGGCCCCAAGAAGCUUUUUUGGUGUCGAAGAUUUUCUUGAUGACGAUAAUAGCAGGCCAUACACUUAUCAGAAAGAAAAGAAGUCGAGAAAUCCAAACAAGCACGUAUCCUUCAAACAGCGUACCGUUGCUUACAUGGAGCCGUUUACACUGGACGUGUUCAUCUCAAAACGAUUUGUCUCUGCUUCAAUCACCCACAGAGUGACAUGCAAGCAGGUUGCAGUUGCUGGUACAAACUCGAAAGAUAUCAAGGCUGCACUGAGAUCGCGAUCUGAUAUACCUGCUUGUUUGGCAAUAGGCCAGAUUUUGAGUGAUAGGGCGAGAGAAGCCGACGUGUAUACAGCUUCUUAUACCCCCAGGGAAAGGGAUAAGUUUGAAGGAAAAAUAAGGGCAGUUGUUCAGUCCCUUAUUGACAAUGGCAUUGAUGUCAAAAUCUAUCUUGAUUGAUCACUUUUUCAAGUCUUGGUUUUGGAUUGUUGGAGAUGGAGAGAGGUUUGUUUGUUUGACAACCCAUUGAUGAGUUUUUCUUUCAUCAA